AUGGAGACAAACCAGAUGGCNCGCAGGGAAGGUUCCGAGUCAGAAGAAAGCGACGCCAGACAAUCAGNUCGCGGCAGCACAGGAAGUAGACAUUCUGGAACUAACUCCAGAAGGAUGAAUCAAAUACAGGAGUCAAUACUCCGNCAAGAAGCCACGGUCCAAAGGAGCCAAGACACUCUCAAUAAUAUGACANCAAUGAUGCAAUGGCAGGUUAACAGGCAGUUCCGGAAAGACCGAGAGAGCGCCAUGGCCAGAGUCCAAAACCCCGAUGCUGUAGUCCAGCAGUUGGAUCUCCCUCAUGGUCCUCCACCNGGACUGGCAUGGCCAUACCAGGAAAAUCCUUUAGUUGCACAGAUAGCUGGAGUACCAGAUCACAGAGAAGUCCAGGCUGGUCCAAGAGAGGGAAUCCUUCCUAAUCAAGAGCAGGAGGUCCCAGNNNNACCAAAUGACCUUGUAUUGGUUCAGCAGAACCAGCCAGAACCUCAGCCCAUUCCACCCUUGGUGGUCCAGCAUGAUCAACCUUUGGCAUUUCAGCCAGAACCACCAGCUGUAUUGCCAUAUAGACCCAGAAGGAUGGACCCUAAUCCAUUCCCUCCACCCGCAAGAGGGAGAAGGGGCAGAGGGGGCAAUAACCUUUUUGCUAACCAGGANAGGAAUAGACCGGGGGCAAACUGGAGAAAUCACCCAGAUAUCGAAGAGCAGGAAGGGCACAGAGAAGAACCUCCACUCNGACCAUACAGAAUGGAGCCCAGAAUCGAUUACAUUCAGGCAGAACAGGGANAGAAUCCUCCCCCCAUCAACGCUCUGAAUGAUAUAGGGGCAUUGCANAGAAUGAUCAGGGAAAUCAUGGAACCCGAGGCCAGAAGAGGUGAAAGGCCUAUAUACAGGAANCCAUAUCCAGCCUGCAUCGAUCAAAUACCAUUACCUCCAGGCUUCAAAGUACCAAACUUCACCUUGUUCAACNGGGAAGAUUCCCAUGCUUCCUCAGUUGAACAUAUAGGCAGGUUCUCCGUCCAAUGCAUAGCUAUUGAGAACAACCCUUUGUUGAAACUAAGACUCUUCGGAUCCAGCCAGAAGUCACCAUCAGUGACUUGGCCGCCCUCAAGCAAAGCGAAGAUGAACCAGCCCAAGACUUCAUAA